AUGAUUCCUCAACGUCAGAUUCUUACAAAAGAUGAUUUGGACAAGUUUCAAAAGUCAUCAGCAUACCAUGAAAUUUUUUCUUUUAUCGAGAGACUGAAUAAUUCAGUGAAGGGCCUAAAACUUAGUACAGAAUGUGCAGUUUCUCCGACCUUAAUACGUAUAUUGGAAAUACUGGAUAAAGUAGAUUCAUUUUGUAAGGAAAUUCCUCCAGUAAACAACGAAAAGAGUCGCUUCGGAAAUCCUGCAUUUCGGGAUUUUUAUGAUCGAGUCACCAAUUCUAGCACAGAACUUCAUGAAACCCUAACAUUACCUCCUUCCUCCAUACAAGAGGUUUCGCGGUAUUUUGUGGAAAGUUGGGGAAAUCGAAAAAGAAUCGAUUAUGGUACCGGACAUGAGGCUAAUUUUAUAGCUUGGUUAUUAUGCAUUGAAAAACUGGGACUGAUAGGACCCGAUGAUUAUACUUCAGUGCCAGCAGGAUCUCAUGGGGUAUGGGGAUUAGAUGACUAUCAUUUUCUACCUUUUAUGUUCGGAUCAGCUCAAUUAAUAGGUCACAAAUAUAUUCGGCCAAAAUCUAUUCAUGAUAAAGACAUCGUAGACGAAUUUUCAAAAGAAUACAUGUACUUGGCUUGCAUUAAGUUCAUCAAUUCAGUUAAGACUGCAUCUCUUCGUUGGAAUUCACCGAUGUUGGACGACAUAUCUGGAGAGGUGCUUGCAAAACUACCAAUAAUGCAACACUUCAUGUUUGGUUCUUUGAUACGUUUUGAGGGCAGUGCAGGCUCAGCCGCAGAUAAUGAAGAUGAUGAUCAUAUACACAUUCACGCUUUUGGACAGGAAUUUCCAGAUUGUUGUGGAAUAAAGAUUCCAAGUGCCGUUGGAGCAAGUCAGAUGAACAUAAGAGAAGGCACUUUUAAAAGAUUGCCAUUUGAUUAG